AUGAUGAAAAGCUUCUUCUUGUCUCUGUUAGUAGGUCUUCUUUUCAGUAAAGACUACGUUAAACCCACAGAAAUAGAUGGGAAGAAGAAAUGGAAAGGUGAAGGUACCACAUCUAACCUGGAGAGCAUUGUAAUUGGAAGAUGUUAUGAAUAUAUUAGAAUUGUGAAUCCAAGUGUUGGUGAGAAGAACUGUACAGAGAUAUGGGAAGCUUUCAAAAAGGCUUUUAUUAAUAAAGAUCCUUGCAACAUUUUACCAUCGGACUAUGAGUUAUUUAUUAACCUGUCACUGCAUACAAUUCCACCUAACAAGUCUCUGUUCUGGGAAAAUAACCAUCUGCUGGUCACUAGCUAUUCUGAUAGAACUCGUCGCUACAUGCCUCUGUGUGAUACUUUAAUUGGUUCCUUUGGAGAUUUCCUGAACUGGUGUGGACAAGCAAACGAUACUGGAUUUAAUUAUGAUUCCUGCCCUAACACAGAAGAGUGUGAAAAUAAUGCAGUAGAAUCUUUCUGGAAGAUUGCAUCAAUCACUUAUGCAAAGCAGAGCUCUGGGGUAAUAUACAUUAUGCUGAAUGGUUCUGCAAUAGGGGGCGCCUAUCCAGUCAAAGGUUUUUUUGCAGACUAUGAAGUGCCUAACUUCCAAAAAGACAGAAUUUCACGAAUUGAAAUCUGGGUCAUGGAUGACAUUGGGGGACCUGACUUGGAUUCCUGUGGGAGAGGCAGUGUACAAAUAUUAGAAGAAAGACUCAAAACUAUGGGUUAUGACAUCACCUGCAUUGACAAUUACAAAUCUGUACUGCUGUUAAAGUGCCUGGAUUAUCUUAAUCACUCUGAUUGUUCUAUUGUUUCGUCUGCACCUUCAACACAAAGAGGACUUGUAUCUCCCGCCAGAGGCGGCAGCUGGAGCAGGCUCAUUUACAUGAUUUUUGUAGCAUUUGUUUUUGAGAUCUGCUUUAACCCACUGAAUUAA